AUGAGGUUCGGAGAACACCUGCAGCAGUCUAUGAUUCAGGAUUACUUCUGGCACUAUAUCGCGUACGAUGAACUGAAAAAAGCCCUCAAAACUGACUUUGUCACCCUGCCCACCCCGGACAACGCCAAGCCAGACCGCAAGCCCUGGACGGAGGACGACGAAACACAUUUUGUUGCAUUGCUCGAAAGCGAGCUCGACAAGGUCUUUAUCUUCCAGAAACUCAAGAGUGAGGAGAUUGUCCGCCGCAUCCAGGUCAGUGAGAAGGAGGUCAAUGAUGUCGUCUCCCGCCUCGACAGUGCUGCUGCCCCGAACGGCAACAACCGCCGGCGGUCGGUGCGUCCGCCGCCCACCGACGAGGAUUUCUUGCUCCUCGAACAGGUUCUGAGCGACAUCAUCGCCGACGUCCAUGAUCUCGCCAAAUUCACCCAGCUGAAUUAUACUGCCUUCCAGAAAAUCAUCAAGAAACACGACAAACAAACUGGUUGGUAUCUGAAGCCCGUCUUUGCUGCUCGCCUCAAGGCAAAGCCUUUCUUCAAGGAUAACUACGAUGCUUUCGUCGUCAAGCUCUCCAAGCUCUAUGACCUCGUUCGCACCAAGGGUAACCCCGUCAAGGGUGAUUCUGCCGCCGGAGGUUCCCAGCAGAACUUUGUCCGCCAAACCACAAAAUACUGGGUCCAUCCCGAUAAUAUCACCGAGCUCAAGUUGAUCAUUCUCAAGCAUCUUCCCGUGCUUGUUUUCAACUCUCAAAAGGAAUUCGAUGAGGAAGACAGUGCCAUCUCGUCUAUCUACUACGAUAACACCGACACCUGGGAGCUCUACGAGGGCCGGCUGAAGAAGACCGAAGGCGCUGAAGCCAUCCGCCUGCGCUGGUACGGUGGCAUGAAGAGCGAUCAGAUCUUCGUCGAGCGCAAGACGCACCGCGAAGACUGGACCGGCGAGAAGUCGGUGAAAGCUCGCUUUGCCCUCAAGGAGAAGAAUGUCAAUGCCUUCCUCGCCGGCCGUAUGACGGUCGAGAGUGUCUUCGAGAAGAUGCGCCGUGAAGGCAAGAAGAGCGAAGCAGAAAUCGCCGAUCUGGAGCAACUGGCCCGCGAAAUCCAGUACCGUGUCAUCACCCGCAAGCUCGUCCCCGUCACUCGCUCCUUCUACCACCGCACCGCCUUCCAGCUGCCGGGAGAUGCCCGAGUCCGCAUUUCUCUUGACACCGAGCUGACUAUGGUCCGGGAAGAUAACCUGGAUGGGCGCAAGCGCGCUGGAAAUAACUGGCGUCGUAUGGAUAUCGGUGUUGAUUAUCCCUUCUCGCAGUUACCUGCUGGGGAUGUGGAACGGUUCCCAUACGCUGUCCUGGAGGUCAAGCUCCAAACGCAGGCAGGCCAGGAACCCCCCAAGUGGAUCAGAGAUCUGACCGCCAGCCACCUCGUGGAGGCCGUCCCCAAAUUCAGCAAGUUCAUCCACGGUACUGCGGUCAUGUUUCCCGACCGCAUCAACCUGUUGCCCUUCUGGAUGCCUCAGAUGGACGUCGACAUCCGCAAGCCGGCCACCAGGAAAUUCGGCAUCAUGCGACCGCUGGCCAGCACCUCGAUGUCUGCCAAUGACGACACGAACGAGGACGAGGAGUCGGACAUUGAGGGACCCCGGUACAGGGACAUGGAUGACUCGGACGGGAAUGCCCUGGAUAUCGAGGAACGUAUCGCAGCGCCCUUGGACCACGACGAAGAUUACCCCUUGUACGAUUCGGACGAGGAGUCCUUCGACUCGGACGAGCUGGAGGAGGCCAGGCAAAUUGGCGGCUCGCUCUACGCCCAAAAGCUCGUCGAGUGGUAUGCCCAUCGCAUCGGCGCGGGCCUGAUCACCUUCGCCCAGGCCUUGAUCCCUCGCCCGAGACCGACGAGCCUGCCGCCUCCAGAGGAGAGAGGUAUUAGUGUGAUGGGCGCUCAACGAACCGUGAAGAGAUUCCAUGCCCCCAAGGGGAAGCGCAUUUUUGUUCCCGUCCGCGUUGAACCGAAGGUGUAUUUCGCUGCCGAGCGGACCUUCCUUUCCUGGCUGGAGUUCUCGAUCAUCCUCGGCUCCAUCGCCGCCACCCUGCUGAACUUUGGCGACGACUACGUGACGUUCGCGUCGUCGUGGGCCUUCACCAUCCUCGCCGCCCUGUCGCUAGUGUACAGCCUGGUCCUGUACAUCUGGCGCGUGGAUAAGAUCCGUAACCGCCGUGACGUGAAGCGCGUCUACUAUGAGAAAUGGGGGCCCACCGUCGUCGGGCUCGGCCUGGUGCUUGUCAUCUUGGUCAACUUCGCGCUACGUCUCCGCGAGGGUAACUUCAUGGCUCCAGAUGAUGGCUUCGGCAGGGGGAAGCACAGUGGGUUGCCCUCCACGGGUCGUGGUCAUGAGCUCUAA